AUGGGUAAAGCUCUCGAUCGGAAUGAUACCCGUGGCACUUUACAUAGUGUACACGCGGGCGAUGUCGCCGGCGAGAGUGACGACCAAUUGAAACGCCAUCUCGGCAACCGACAGAUACAGCUGAUCGCCGUAGGAGGCUCCAUUGGUACUGCUACCUUUGUGAGCAUAUCCAAUGGCCUUAUCGCUGGUGGACCCGGCAGUCUGUUCCUUGCCUACACUAUAUACUCUUGUGUGAUGGGUCUGGUGAAUAACUCCAUGGCCGAAAUGGCUGUCUUUCAGCCUGUGACUGGUGCGUUCAUUCGUAUGGCCGGCAAGUGGGUCGACGAGUCUCUAGGCUUUAUGGCCGGCUGGAACUUUUUCAUUUACGAGGCUCUAUUGAUACCAUUCGAGAUUUCGGCUCUGAAUCUGGUCCUUUCGUUUUGGCGCGAUGACAUACCCGUUGCAGCAGUGGUUGCUGUUUGCAUCCUGCUCUAUAUUGCUAUCAAUGUAUUCGCGGUCGAGUGGUAUGGCGAAGCUGAGUUCUGGCUGUCUACGGGCAAGAUCCUGCUGCUUGCAAUCGUCUUCUGCUUCACCUUUGUUACGAUGGUUGGCGGGAACCCCAAGCAUGAUGUCUAUGGUUUCCGCUACUGGAAAAGCCCUGGCUCGUUCGCUGAACAUAUUACAACUGGAAAUCUGGGUCGGUUUGAAGGCUUCUUAGGUGCCAUGUGGAGUGCUGCUUUCACUGUUGUUGGACCCGAAUAUGUCGCUAUGGUCGCGGGUGAAACCAAACUGCCCCGGAGAUAUCUGAAAAAUGCCUUCAAGACCGCAUACGUCCGGUUCGCAUUGUUCUUCAUUGGCAGUGCCUUGUGUGUUGGCAUUGUCAUUCCCUACAACGAUAAGACUCUGGUGUCCAUUCUUUCUGGCUCCUCCGAAGGUGCUGGAACUGCCGCUGCCUCGCCGUAUGUUAUUGCUAUGAACAAUCUAGGAAUCGGCAUCUUGCCUCAUAUCACCAAUGCUCUACUAGUGACUAGCAUUUUCUCCGCUGGUAACGCCUAUACCUACUGUGGUACCCGAAGCCUUUAUGGUCUGGCUCUUGACGGCCAGGCCCCGAAGUUCCUGCGGAAGACUACCAAAGCGGGUGUUCCGAUCUUUUGUCUCGCGUUUACGAUGGUUUUCCCAUGCCUAGCUUUCCUCAACCUGUCCAGCAGCGCUUCCGAGGUGCUGAGCUGGUUUAUCAAUCUUAUUACCGCCGCACAGAUCAUUGAUUAUAUCGUCAUCUGCAUCGCAUACAUAUUCUUCUACAGAGCUUGCGAGGCUCAAGGUCUCGACCGAAAGUCGCUCCCCUAUUAUGGAGCUUUCCAGCCUUACUGCGCUUGGAUUGGUCUCGUUUUCAUGACUGCCGUCGUGUGCACGUACGGUUACAGCGUAUUCCUCCCCGGCAAGUGGAGCAUCAAGACGUUCUUCACUUACUAUACCAUGGUCCUAGUCGCUCCCAUUCUGUAUUUUGGAUGGAAGAUCACUCAUAAAACCAAAUUUGUCAAGCCGGAAGAGGCUGAUCUGGAAUGGGUCGCUCCUGGUAUCACUGCUUACGAGGCUGCCUAUACUGAAGAAGCCCCCGGGUUUUGGACCGAAAUCAUGCAGAUCUUUGGCUUGCGAAAGAAUAAGGUGACGGAAAUUUUGUCACAUUGA